AAAAAAAAAAAGAAUUUCACGUGCUCUAAUUUUUAAAAUCAAUUUUUUAAUUUUUGUUCGAAAAGGGCAAUUCAAAAAUCUCGUGUUUUUCUCUACUCGAAAAUCGUCAUUUCUGAAGUUUAGUUCAUAAUUUUGAAAUUCCAAGCAGUUAAAAUCGAUAAGAAGCUGUUGUCAUGAGUGAAGAAGACGAUAAACCGGAUAGACAAGUGGAAAGUAUUCGGUUGAAUAUUGGUGAGGAGGUUGUAGAGGAAAAGAGCGGGAAACUUGCGUGGCUCACAAUUCGCGAGUUGGGUAGAGGUGCAUUUGGUACUGUGUACCAUGUUUCAAACAAGUCCACAAAACAAGAAGCUGCACUCAAGAUUGAGAGAAUGACUGCCGGAGACAAUUUACUGAAGAUUGAAAGAGAGAUCAUGGUGGCAAUGCAACACGAGCCAACUGCAAUUCAUAUCUAUGACGAUGGCAUUUACAAGGAUUAUAGAUACAUUGUAAUGACAUUGUGUGGUCCGGAUCUGCAGAAAAUUGCCGAAUUGAUGAACAAUAAUUUCAAUCAAGAUACCAUCAUCCGUGUAUGCAUUCGAACUCUUCUUGCUAUCAAAACAAUGCACGAAUACACCUAUAUUCAUCGUGAUCUAAAGCCAUGUAAUUUCGCCGUUGAUUUCAACCCAAAUUCUCUUCAUGUUUAUUUGUUUGAUUAUGGAAUGGCUAGAAAAUAUGCGACGAAGGAUUCCGGUAAUAAAUGGCAAUUGCGACGUCCGAGAAAUCCGGCGCAGUUCCGUGGGACAGUGAGAUAUUGUUCUCUGAACAUGCACAAACGAAAGGAACUUUCUCGUGUUGAUGAUCUUUGGUCAUGGUUCUUCAUGUUAAUGGAGAUGUAUGCACCACUUCCAUGGACAUCCUCGAAUAUUCCAGAACGGAUUGAAGCUUUGAAAGAAGAUCAUUUGAAUGAAUAUCUUUCAAAAGAUUCAUUUCUUAGCUCAUUCCUUCCACUUGUUGAAUAUCUCAAUUCUGUGCAAUAUGCUGAUCGUCCGGAUUACAUGAAGAUCUACGACAUUCUCUAUGCCAAGUUGACGGAGAUCAAUGGAAAAUUGUCGGGACCCAUGAAAUACGAUGUUGCCAGAAUCAAUGCUUUGGUUGCUGAAUUGGGAGAAACUGCUCGCCCAAAGGAGUUAUCCCGCAUGGAUGAUGAAUCCACCAUUCAGAAGUAUCUUUUGGCGUCAUUCGGGAGAGCCGGAGUUCCUGGUGGCAAUAAUUUGAUCAUGGCAGAGUUGGUGGACUUCUUCGCCAAGGACGUACCACUCAAGAAGGCACGGGAAGAGAAGACGGAUGAUAAUAAGAAGCAGAAGAAUGCAAAAGUCAAGAACAAGAUGCUUGGUAAGCCGAAACAGCCAGGAAGUGGUGGAGCUAAUAGUGGAGAUGCAAAAACUGCACAAUCGAAACUCGGAUCCAAAAUGAGUACACAUAAGAAAGCAAAGGCAUCGAAGAGAAACAAGUGAUUGGAACUAGACAUUUCAUUAUCAAUAAAGUUUUAUGUGUUCUUC